CUUAAAAACCUCUAAGGAAGGAGAUUCCACCACCUCCCUAGGUAACCCAUUCCAAUGCUUCACCACUCUCUGAGUGAAAAAGAUUUUCCUAAUAUCCAACCUAUAAACAUCUAAGAUUUUAAGCAGAUGCCCCCAUGGAUUUCCCUCUUGUUUCUCCUAUAAUUCUACUGCAAUUUUCCACAUCUACUUCUCCCCAAACAUCUAGUCCUCUAUUAAGGUCACUUGUUUUUACCUGGUGGCUUUUUUCACCUGCCCCCUCUGAACUUAAUUUUAAGCUCUUCUCAUAAGGUUGGUGAGUCAACGCAUGAAGAUGUUCUUCUCCUUCUUGGUCAGACGGACCCCAACUCUUCCCAGCAAACCUCCUUCCUGCAAUAGCAGCCCGUGGUAGAGGAAGUCAAACCCUCCCAUAGACCCAUCUUCAUAACCCUAUUAUGUGGAUAUGCUACCGUUGAGUGUGUAUUGAGCAGAAAGAACACUCAGUGCAGGAGACAAGGGGACUGAGUUUAACUACAGAUGUCAAGUUCACAUACUUCCAUUUUCAGUGACUAAUCUCUUAAGCCAGUGGGGAUGGCCAUGGUACAAAAGUAUUUCUGUAGAUCAGCAUGUGAUUAUUUGUAUUGCAGCACUGCCUCAUAGUCCCAGUCACAGACCAGGAUCCCAUUGCGCUAGGACCUGUACAGACAUAGAACAAGAUGGUCCUUAACUGUAAUUAAUUGACACAUAUUAACAGCACAACAAACGGACAAGAGGAUAAUAAAGCAAGCAAAAAAGCCCCCUUUGACCAGGUGAUUGACAUCAUGAGGGUGAAUGUGGACAAGGUUUUGGAACGAGAUCCAAUGCUGUCAGAGUUGGAUGAUGCACUGCGGGCGGAAUUUGAGACCAAUGCUACCAAGCUGAAAAAAAAGUAUUGGUGGAAGAACUGUAAGAUAUGGGCAGUGUUGAUAGCAUUUGUUCGCAUCAUCAUCAUCAUCACCAUCACUGAAUCUAGAAGCAAUGUAUUGUUGCCAGUGACGACAGCAUUCUAGAUCAAUGUGAAGAGUAUGUUUGGGUAUCUGUCCUCUUCGCUGUCUCCUUCAUGCCUCAAUUUAAAGAU